AAUAUCGAAAUUUAUAUAAAAUCAAAACAAUUGUGAACUGUGAACACUAAGUAGUGAUUUUUUUAUUUAUUAAGUAAUAUAAUUUAUUAAUUUGCAAAAACAGCGCAUAAUUAGUUGGAUUGUGUGUGGCGAAUUAAUCCCUAAAAAGGGAUUUUUAUCACUAGUAGGACAUUUUUUCGACAGAAAACGCUACGUUGUAGCGACAAAAUUUCCAGUGAAAAGUUCGUUGACGAAUUAUAAUUUGUUGUCCAGAAUGGUGCACGCAACAAUUUACGAUGAGGCACCGAAACUAAAGAUGGGAGAAGUUCCUCAAAUGAUGGCCGCCGAAGCUGAAUCUCAACUUGAGCACAUGUGCCGUUUGCAAUUCGAUUCACCUGUACCACAUGUACGUUUAUCGGGUAUUAUUUGUACUAUUGGGCCUGCGUCACGCAGCGUUGAAAUGUUGGAAAAAAUGAUGGCAACUGGGAUGAACAUUGCUCGUAUGAACUUUUCGCACGGUUCUCAUGAAUAUCAUGCUGAAACUGUAGCUAAUGUUCGCCAAGCUGCCAAAAACUACUCCGUUAAGGUUGGCUAUGAGUAUCCAGUUGCUAUUGCUUUGGAUACUAAAGGUCCUGAAAUUCGUACAGGUUUAAUUGAAGGUAGUGGUACUGCAGAAAUUGAACUUAAGAAAAAUGAUACAAUAAAAUUGACUACAAGCAAGGAGUAUAUGGAGAAGGGUAAUAAAGAUUGCAUAUAUGUUGAUUACGCUAACAUCGUUAAUGUUGUGAAGCCUGGUAACCGAGUUUUUGUUGAUGAUGGUCUCAUAUCAUUGAUUGUUAAGGAUGUUAGUGAAGAUACCAUUGUUUGUCAAAUUGAAAACGGUGGGUCCCUAGGGUCUCGUAAAGGUGUUAACUUACCCGGUGUACCAGUGGAUUUGCCAGCUGUAUCAGAGAAGGAUAAAUCCGAUCUACAAUUCGGCGUUCAACAGGAAGUUGACAUGAUUUUUGCUUCUUUUAUUCGUAAUGCUGACGCUCUUACCGAAAUUCGUAAAGUGCUUGGUGAUAAGGGCAAAAGUAUUAAGAUUAUAUCUAAAAUUGAAAAUCAACAAGGCAUGCAUAAUUUGGAUGAAAUCAUUGCUGCUUCUGAUGGUAUAAUGGUAGCACGUGGAGAUUUAGGUAUUGAAAUUCCACCGGAGAAAGUAUUUUUGGCACAGAAGGCUAUGAUUGCACGCUGUAAUAAAGCAGGAAAACCAGUUAUUUGUGCUACUCAAAUGUUGGAAUCAAUGGUAAAGAAACCACGUCCAACUCGUGCCGAAAUAUCUGAUGUAGCCAAUGCUAUACUUGAUGGCGCUGACUGUGUUAUGUUGUCUGGCGAAACUGCCAAGGGUGAAUAUCCUUUGGAAUGUGUGUUAACAAUGGCAAAAACAUGCAAAGAAGCAGAAGCUGCUUUGUGGCAUAGAAACUUAUUUGCGGAUUUGGUACGUGCAGGUAACACUUCGUCAUUGGAUGCUGCUCACGCCGUAGCUAUUGCUGCCGUUGAAGCUGCAUCUAAAGCGUUAGCAGCUGCUAUUAUUGUUAUUACAACAAGUGGUAAAUCAGCUUACUUGAUCAGUAAGUACAGACCUCGUUGCCCAAUUGUUGCAGUUACUCGUUUCCCACAAACAGCUAGGCAAGCACAUUUAUAUCGUGGUCUUGUGCCAGUUGUUUACUCAGAACCUGCAUUAUCCGACUGGCUGAAGGAUGUUGAUGUACGUGUACAAUUCGGCUUACAGGUAGGCAAGAAGAAUGGAUUUAUCAAGGCUGGUGAUUCAGUUGUCAUAGUAACAGGAUGGAAACAAGGAUCUGGAUUUACAAAUACUAUGCGUAUUGUUACCGUAGAAUAAAUUCAGUGAGCGUUAUACUAUGGCGAAGACGCACAACUACGAAUAAACAGAUUAUAACACACGCAACUCAAAUCAGAGUAUAUUUAAUAUAAAUUAGAUCCUAUUUAAUUUUAUUAAUUAGUUUUAUAAUAUAAAUAUAACAUCAAAAAACUUCAUUGGCACUAUUUAACAUUUAAAAUGUGUUAUUUAAUAUAAAUCAGGAACAAACUCAUAAUAAAUCCGGAAAAAAACGCA